AUGGUCGACGCAGCUUAUUGGCAUCCUGCCUUCAAGCAGACGUAUUUCUUUGGAGGUCGUCGCUAUGCUCGUAUCAAGUUUUCACCCUCGACAAAUGACGACAUGAUUAGCUGGGGCCCCGACGAAAUUUCCGAGCGCUGGCCAUCUCUUGUUUCCAUCGGGUUUGGCACAGUCGAUGCCAUCUUGCCCGUCGAAAACAGCCAUAAUCCCGUUCAACAUAUUCCUAGAUCCUUCAUCAGGAGCCGCUCUCCCCCUUUUAGUGUGUAA